AUGGGGAACUCAUCACACUUGCAACAGUGGUGUAAAGGUGACAGGGCACCUGGAUUCCUCCCUUUCCUUCUUUUUCCAUUCCUGGGCUGGAGGAAAUACCUGAACAUAUGGAAUCCCAAUACCAGGCAGCCAGGGCCAUAUCCACACCCCCCUAAUGUCGGGUACCCUGGAGGUUGCAAUCCUGCCCAUCCACCACCUGCCACCCCUACCUUUCCUCCAGGCCCCUUUCCCACUCCCCCAGGAGCACCCCAGGGGAAUCCAGCCUUUCCCCCUGGUGGGCCCUGUCAUCCUGUGCCACAACAAGGGUAUCCAGGAUGCCAACCCUCAGGUCCCUACUCCCCUCAAUACCCACCACCUGCCCCUGGCAUGUGUCCUGUGAAUCCAUUGACUCCUGGCAUGGUAGGACUAGGAAUGGUGAUUGACAAGAAGAUGCAAAAGAAAAUGAAAAAAGCUCAUAAAAAGAAGCAGAAACACCACAAACAUGGCAAGCAUUCCUCCUCCUCCUCCUCCCCUUCCUCUUCCAGCAGUGACUCUGACUGA